UACUUUUGUGCCUGGUCCAUUUCUUUCUACCCCCAGGCCUACCUCAACUACCGCCGCAAGAGCGUGGUGGGGCUGUCGCUCGACUUCCAGCUCCUCAACCUGCUGGGCUUUGGGUGCUAUGCCGUCUACAAUGCCGCUCUGUUCUGGGACCCGCUGGUGCGGCGGGAGUACGCCUGCCUCAACCGCGGCUCCAUGCCAGCCGUGCACGCCAACGACGUCUUCUUCGCGCUGCAUGCCUUUGUGGUGACCGCUCUGACGCUGAUCCAAUGCGCUGUCUACGACCGGGGCGGCCAGCGCAUCUCCUGGCCCGCAGCGCUGGGCACCGGCGCCGCAGCAGCCUCGAUCGCGGCCUAUCUGGCGGCUGUGAUUGGCGCGGCGACCCAGGGCGGCGGCGGCGUCCCGGCGCACACCAACAUGCAGGCGCCGGGCGUGCCCUGCGGCUCCAUCCUCAGCUGGCUCUCCUUCCUCUACUUUCUUUCCUACAUCAAGCUGGCCGUCAGCCUGGUCAAGUACAUCCCGCAGGUGUGGCUCAACUACAAGCGGCAGUCCACAGACGGCUGGAACAUGCACAACGUGCUGCUGGACUUUGGCGGCGGCCUGCUGUCGCUCGUGCAGCUGCUGAUGGAUGGGGCGGUGACCCGCGACUGGAGCGCCGUGACAGGCAACCCUGUCAAGUUUGGCCUGGGAUUUGCCAGCAUGCUCUUUGACCUCAUCUUCAUGGCACAGCACUGGCUGCUGUAUCCAGCGGCCGCCGCCGGAUCAUUCUGGGCUGCGUCGGCAGCUGCAUCAGCGGAGGCCAAGGCUUCCGGCAGCAGCAAGGGUCGCGACGAGCAGCUGCCUGCUGCUUCAGGCAAUGGCCACCGGCCGUCGGCAGCAGCUGCAGCAGAUGCCGAGCGUGAGGAGCUGCCGCACGGCGUCGGUGUGGCACACCAGCCAGACCAGCAGCCCCUGCUGCCUGCUCCCUAG